AUGGAGGAGAAGCAUUUGAAUUUGAAUGUUGGUGGUGAAGGUUUUGAACCAGAUGAUAUGUUCGAAGAUGCACCUUUGGAUUUCGAUCCUGCGUAUCCACCUCUGUACAGAUGGAAACGAAAUCAUCCCAAAGAACAAGUUCUUGGUGAUCCUCAAGCUGGAGUGUUGACCAGAGCUCAGCUUUGUGCUAAAAAUGAGAAAGUGGGGGAUUACUUGAUGCUUGUUCAAAUUUACGUCGAUGAUAUUAUUUUUGGUUCGACUAACCCUUCAUUGUCUAGUGAAUUUGAACAUAUGAUGAAAAAUCAAUUCAAGAUGAGUAUGAUGGGUAAGAUUAAUAAUUUUCUGGGAUUGAAUAUUCGUCAAAGUAAAGAUGGAAUUUUCAUAAAUCCAGAGAAGUAUUCUCGAAAUCUGCUCGAGAAGUUUGGCUUGAUGAAUAGUUCGAAAUUGCCAGCACCAAUGGCAGUCGGCACACGCUUAGGCACUUUGUUGGAUAAGAAUGUUGUCGAUAUUACUUUGUACACGAGCAUGAUCGGUUCGUUACUAUACUUAACUGCUAAUAGACAUGACAUUAUAUUUGUUGUUUGUAAUUGUGCCGUGUAUCAGUCAAAUCCCAGGGUACCCCAUCUAACAGGUGUAAAGAAUACUUUUCGCUAUCUCAAAGGGACGGUUUUGUUUGGUUUAUGGUACCCUUCGAAAACAAGAUUUUCCAUUCAAGUGUUUUCUGAUGCAGAUCUUGGUGGAUGUCAUCAUUACUGA